AAAGACUAAAACAUAUCUGUCUCCGCUUGUCGUUCUAACUAAAAUUAAUGCACGCUUUGUAAUAUUCGUAUACGAGUUUCGACCAACGCUGUAUGCUUUUAUUUGAACUCACGGUGUGUUUUUUGCUGGCGUUGAAUGUGGUCUGUGCUUCUGGUAGUAUGGAAUAGCUACUUUAGCCGUUAGCUGCUAUUGGCAAAACGUCACCAAAAAAACAACGUUAAUUAAAACUGCGGUCCUGAGUAGCACUUUUAAACAGAUGGAGGCGUCUCUGGGAUCUCUGCAGAAUCCUGAUCUAAGCGCUGUACUUUCGUCAUGCGAACCGGAGCUGCGGGAGCUGAUGCGACAAAUUGACAUAAUGGUCAACCAUCAAAAGAAGAGCUGGGAGGCUGAGAACCAUGACCUGAGGGUCAGGCUGAAAAGCGGACAAGAUGACCUGCAGGCCACGAGUAAUAUAAUCAAAAGAAGGGAUCUGGAGAUCGGAUUACUCCACAAGCAGCUGGAAAAUGUCCAGACGGACCAACAACAGUUGAUUUCCAAGUACGAGCAACAACUGCAGAAAGUCCGUGAAGAGCUUAAUAGGUUAAAAAGAAGUUACCAGAAGCUUGAGCGCAAACAUGUCAAGGAGUCCAGCAGAGGUUUGAAGGGGACAGACGUUUCCGAGGCAACACAUCUGCAUAAAAAGACUGAGGAGUACCGUCAGCAUCUGACAGAGUGUGAGCAGCAACACGUCUGGUACCAGAAUCAGAUGACAGCGCUGGAGGCCCAAAACAAGAGCCUGACCAAUGAGCUCGCAUGUGUGAAAUCUCAGAUGUCGAUAUUGCAAAUGGAGAAUGAACACAGAGAGUGCUGCUCAGAGGUGCAGAGUCUGCGUACCAGGCUGGAGAGGACUCAAGGAGAUCUGCACUUGAAAGAGCUUGAACUUGAGAAGCUGGAAAUGCUUCAGAUGAGGAGAGGACAGUAUCAGGGAGAUCAGCAGGGAUUGACAGAGAAACCGGAAGAGCUUUACAGUAUGCCUGACACCCGGGACACACCAACGCAAAAACAUGAAAUUGAACUCCAAAGACUUCAGAAUGAAAACGCCAGACUAAACCAGUCACUUCGGGCUAAAGAUCAUGUCAUUCGAUCUCUGGAGGACUGUUUAACAGCCCAAGGCUGUGCUGGGCUGGAACCAUUCAGAAGGGAUCUGGAGAAAACAGCAACUCAGCUCCAGUCUGCCCGAGCCUGUGAGGUGCAUCUCAAGGCUGAGGUGGUCAACCUGAGGGAGAGGCUGGAAAACCUGAACCGACAGAAAUCUGAUCACACAAAUACAGAACAAGAUCUACGGAGCCUGAGAGCAGAGUAUGACUGUGGUGUUGCGGAAAUAAAAAAGCUCAAAGAAGAGCUUCACAGAGCCAGGCAGAGUCACAGUGACGAAGUGGACAGGCUGAGGAAGGAGGUGUCGAAGAUGACCGACGAGCUGCGUCAGCGUGACCUCACUAUUGACUCGCUGAAGGGAUCUUUGUCCAACAUCACGCAGCAACUCCGUGCCGAAUUGGAGCGAGAGAAACAGAGGGCCGCAGAGCUACAGGUGACUCGGACUCAGCUGGAGGUUGUAAAAACUGAAAAUCACCGUCUGAAGGAUCUGCUGCGCCAACCGGGGAUUCGCUCCUCCAAAGUUUGUUUUAAUUUAGUUCUGAAUCUAACGGCCGUAACGCAGGAGGAUUCCUCCGGAACAGCCAUGCGAGAAAAUCACAUGUCCUCGCAAAGCAGCCUAGAACAAGAGAACGAGAUGUUAAGACAGGCACUCACUGCGAUACAUGCAAAGAAAUCUGAACAAACCUCUGCUCAGGACAGAAUUAAAGUUAUGGACCAAAAGAAAAAGCAAGAUCACGUGAAAGUCUUAGAAGCCAAGCUGCCAGAUCCUGGCCCUCACCAUGAAGCAGAGAACCAGAAGCUCUUUAAAAAACAGCAUCCACUGUCCCAAUCUCCAUCAGAGCAACCCUGCAGCCAAACCCCAGAUAAUGGAUCCCCUUCAUCAUCAUCGACCUCCUCCUCCUCCUCCUCCUCCUGCAAUAAUUAAAAACUUACCAAGAAAGACUCUGUGCCAAGGUCAGGUAACACAGACUCGAUGAUGAGAGUAACGACUCCUUCUUCCCCUCCGGAGCAGUUAUCACUAUCACCGCCAGAUGGCAUCGUAAGUCGUUUUCUCGAGAAAGAAACGAUACUGAGCCAAGCGCUGUUUCAGAGACUGGACCACCACAUCCAGGGAAUGAAAGACGACAACCUGAGGACUGUCUCCAAGUGUCUACAGCGUGUCCCAGAACCUGUGUCCCAGCCGGCGUCUGUUCAGAAUGAUAAGUGACAGAAUAAGAUGGAACAAAUCGAAAGUGCCGGGAACUUAUCAAAUGAGGGGUGCACCAUAGUACUUAAUAAGGAUCAAGCGAUUGUUUUAAAUUUUUUUUUAUGUAUAAAGCGUCAAAAAAUAAAAAAAAUUGCGUUGA